UCCAGAAAAUUCAAAAUGGCUGCACGCGAAUGUGAAAGUUUCCCGCGUGAAGCCGCUCCACCGUCUCGCCGAGUGCCAGCAAGAGUCAUGAGUACUUGUCAACUCGACUCCUCAACUGGAGAUAACUUUCUAGCACCUCACCAUGGGGAAGGAUGUAUUCAUAUGCCUUCACCAGCACAUGCAUUAAACAUGCAGAGAGUUACACAAGUUCUUACCACCUUGGGGCACCAUUCAGACAACUACAAAGACGCAUUAAAAAUAAUGCAACAAUAUGGAAAGGGCUGCAACACCUCAGACCUGCAAUCUGAGGCAGAGAACGAGGAGCUGCCAGAAAAAAGGAACAGGAAGCCAGUCCAUCGUCUCGGGGACUCAGAUGAUAGCGAAGAAGACCCGGGAAAUAGUGACCUCACAUCUCUGGGGUUGGCAAGCCAAUUGCACAGGCAGACUCCACCGUCUCGCCGAGUGCCAGCAAGAGUCAUGAGUACUUGUCAACUCGACUCCUCAACUGGAGAUAACUUUCUAGGAACGGCAGUCCCUCCUCGACUCCCUCCACCCCCCUCACCAGCAGCCCUCAACAUGUGGCAGACAGAGGAGCCUGGAUCCAGCCUGGCCUACAGGCCAACAUGGCGAGGGGAAAGAAUGGCCGACAACAUUUCCUGCUCUGCGCCUGAGGUAAUCCACAUCCUUAGCCUGCUGGAAACUAUUAAGCACAACCAAGACCAGCUGAUUGCGAAGGUGCUGAGUAAAAAUGUGUUGACAAGGUCAGCCACGGACGCUGAGGUCACCAAACACGCCAUCAGGUGGUUCAACUUGGCGGGGGAUCGGGCAACGAGGAGACGAGUCCCGCUUCCACCUCCUCAGGAGGAAUAGAGAUGUAUAUGUAUAAAUAAACAACCUUUUAUUGGA